AUGUUUGGAACUUUAUCGGAAGAGAAAGAAGUUAAGGUGCCAUCAAGCAAGGCUUGGGAGCUCUAUGGCACCCUCGAGUUAGGAAAGGUGGUCGGGGGGAAAAUAUGUGAGGCGAUCGACGUUGUUGAAGGCGAUGGUGGCGUUGGUACCAUUCUAAAGCUCACCUUAAAGCCUGGAUCAGGCUUUACAUAUUACAAUGAAAAGUUUACAAAGGUCGAUAAAGAGAACAAGAUCAAAGAAACCGAAGUGGUUGAAGGAGGAUUUCUUGAUGUCGGGUUUAACUUAUACAGAAUCAGGUUUGAGAUCAAAGAUAAUCCUAAUGAUGAUGUCAUAGCAAGGUCAUCCUGUCUUGUGAAAACAACCAUAGAAUAUGACGUCAAGGACGAGUUUGCUGCAAAUGCUUCUUUUGCGACCAUUGAGCCUAUGGUCGCUCUUAUGAAUGUCGCGAAUGAGCAUCUUGAGAAAUCUAAUAAUUAG